AUCGUAUGAGCCGUGCAGUGACGUCAUUGGUAUGUUGUCCCGCCUCCAAAUUCAAGCUGCAGAACAGUCAAACAUAAAUGUAAUCAAACUAACAAGCUUGCGCCGUUUUUAAACCUCUCGUCAGCCAAUUCGCAUGUUAUCGGUGCAACUAAAAUCAUCGGAACCAACUCCGUGAAAUAUGCUCCGGAGGCUCACCGCGCUCCUGCGGGCGGCUCCGACGUCAGCUGCGGCGUUACGGAGCCUCACUUCGGGCUACGCCAACGUCACGGCCCCGCUGAACUUCUGGGCUGGAAAAAGAAGGGCGAGCAAAGAAAGAAACGAUGGGGAGAAAGUCUACGAGCCUGCAACAGGGCGCGUCCUGUGCACAUUGGAUCCAUGCGGUCCGUCUGACGUUGAGCAGGCCCUGAAGGCAGCCAAGUCAGCUUUUGGUCCCUGGAGUAAAAUGUCGGGGAUGGAGAGAGCGAGGGUGAUGAUAGAAGCUGCGCUCAUCAUUCAGAAAAGGAGAGAAGAAAUUGCUGAAAUGGAAGUAGUCAACAACGGCAAGUCCAUCACGGAGGCCCGCCUGGAUGUGGACUCUGCCCGACUGUGUGUAGAAUACUUUGCAGGACUGUCCAGCACUCUUUCGGGCCAGCACGUGCAGUUGCCAGGUGGAUCUUUUGCGUACACACGCAGGGAGCCUCUGGGCAUUUGCGUCGGCAUCGGCGCUUGGAAUUACCCUUUCCAGAUCGCCGCCUGGAAAUCGGCCCCAGCGCUGGCGUGUGGCAACACCAUGGUCUUCAAGCCGUCCCCGGUGACGCCCGUGACGGCGGUCAUGCUGGCCGAGAUCUAUGCCGAAGCCGGAGCCCCGGAGGGGCUCUUCAAUGUGGUGCAGGGGGGGCAGGAGACUGGUAGCUUGCUAUGCCACCACCCUGACGUGGCAAAGGUGUCAUUCACCGGGAGUGUGUCAACCGGACAGAAGAUUAUGGAGAUGGCAUCCAAAGGGGUUAAACCAGUGACGUUGGAGCUGGGCGGGAAGUCCCCCCUGCUCAUCUUCGAGGACAGCGACCUGGACAACGCGGUCCGAGGUGCUCUCAUGGCAAACUUCCUGUCUCAAGGCCAGGUUUGUAGCAACGGGACAAGAGUUUUCGUCCACAGUCGUAUUCUGCACGAAUUUGUGGAUAAAGUGGUCGAAAGGACCCGGGCCAUUGAGAUCGGGGACCCGCUGCUGGAGAGCACCAGAAUGGGAGCGCUGGUCAGCAGGCCACAUCUCGACAAGGUCCUCGCCUUUGUGGAUCAGGCGAAGGAGGAGGGGGCCACUGUCUUGUGUGGCGGUGAACCUUUCGUCCCUUCAGACCCUAAACUAAGACGUGGAUACUACAUGACACCAUGCGUCCUGGCUAAUUGCAGAGACGACAUGACCUGCGUGAGGGAGGAGAUCUUCGGUCCCGUCAUGUCCGUGUUGUCUUUCGACACGGAAGAGGAGGUGCUGCAGCGAGCCAAUGACACCGCUAUGGGGUUAGCGGCAGGACUUUUCACCAGAGACGUUAAACGCGCCCACCGUGUGACUGAACACCUCAAAGCUGGUUCCUGUUUCAUCAACAACUACAAUAUCACUCCUGUGGAGCUUCCCUUUGGAGGCUUCAAAAUGUCAGGCAUCGGUCGCGAGAACGGCCAGGUGACGAUUGAACACUACUCGCAGCUGAAGACCGUCUACGUGGAGAUGGGGGACGUCGACAGCCUCUUCUAGGAAUCGCCGACCUACGGGAAUGUGGACGCACUGGAACACGGACGAUCAUCUGCUCGGUCUCCUUCUGACGGUCUCCGUCCUGAAGCUUCUCCAAGCGACUUUGGUCGGCGGACACUCGCACUUGAAAGGUGUGGAAGGUCGUCUGGACGUCGCCCACCGUUAAGUGCAUGGCCGUGCCUUCA